GCGAAGCACCCAGGAAGGACUGCCAGACUGCUGGAGUCGGAAAGGAUUGCUGCUUUGUGAAUUCUAUUUUAUCACAUCUGGAUGGAGACUGGAGUGCUAUGAUGACAUCCUCCACUUUUACAUCAUGUUGUGGUCCAGUUACAGAAAAUCUGGAUGUGUUUCUCCUCUCUUCGAAGUGUUUUGCAACAUACAGCGCCAGAGAAACAAAAAGAUUCUACCAAACAGUUUGAAUGGGUACAAGUGCUGUCCCUGCAAAGGCUGAACUUUAAAAAAACGUAUUUUUAGUAAGAAAAAUGCGUUCUCAGAAUAAUUGGCAACUAAAAAGGCUGAACAAACAAACACACUCCAGGCAAGGUUUUCUGCAGGCACAGAACACAAUCAUUUGUUCCAAUCCAAACUAUGCUUGAUUACGUGCAAGAAAAGUAGCGAUCCUGUGACUGGUCAGGAUAAAAUCCAGAGGUACUGCAGAGGAGGGCAACAGCUCCAGGCAGAUGUCACACAGUGGAUGGAUAAGGUCACAGGUGCUGCUCAUGCUAACAGAAUGAUGAGACAGCCCUGGAGGGGGAGUUCCAUCUACACGCACAACUUGAACUUUACAGCAGCAUCUGUUCCUCCUCCACUCACCUCCCACUUUGCUCUUCCUCUACUAUCACACUCCUUUGGUAACACAGCAGUCCUAUGCUGACGCUUGCUAAAUUACCUCCAGCAGCCUAUAUUAUCAUAUUAUCCUCACUCCGAGCCUCUUGCUACACCUCAGCACAUCACAAUCACACCAGUGCUCCUUCAACACAAUGCAGAGCCAGAUAUGUUUAUUGAGGCAUAUACAGCAUUUAAGAAGUUGACUACUGCAGAUUUAAAAACAACUGCCAGGAAAAACACUAAAGGCUGGAUUACUGCAGUAGGACAUGGCAGGAAGGCUAGCACACCAGUUGCUUCCAUGCUUGUUCUCAGCAGCAGUUGCAAUAAGGCACAACAGGCAGGGCUGUAAUACUGUCACAAUUCAGUUCAAUAUACAGAUCACGGAGGCACUCGUUAUGAAGUCCUACGGGAUAUCAGCAAAUGAAGGAGGAAAAGGGACUGAGGUAUUCAGCAGCUGUUAAAAUUUGUUGUAAGCACUUUGUGACCCUUUUCAAUGGGGAAGUGCUGAACGGUGAGAUUAAGAUAGAUUAAUCAGUAACAAUAACUUGAUUGCAUAAACAAGAGCCUGGAGAUGCUGUCAUUUGUUUUAGGAAACAAAAUUCAGAGAAUUCACAUGACCGUCUCAUAAAAUAUUUACUGAAACACAGAAGUCACUAAUUACAGUGUAAUCAUAUUAGACGUGGCCUCUUCUUAUGCUUCAUAGCUCUCCUAGCAGGAGAAACAGCUACUUCAGGGCUUUUUCAGAAGGACAUUUCCUACCUACACUUGAAGCGUGGCAGAAGGACACAUUUCUUGUCCUAAAUUCAAACGAGAAAAUCAGCACUGAUAACUGCAUUAUACAUUCUGAUAGCAAAUCAGCUGAUGCUCGCAGUUAGAAAACCAGGGGCAGACAGAGCAGCUGAUUGCUGGAGCAGGACCCCAACAUAACAAACAUGAACACCCAGAAACCACCUCUAGGCAUAAAGGGAAACACUGAUCCUGCUGGCCCUUACAAGAUCAGUGCAAGUUCUGAAGGACAGAAUGAAGCAGACGAAACCACAUGAUCCAUGAGCAACAAGAAAGACUCUUUAUAAUCCUGCUCUUAGAACAGAGGAAAAACAGCCCAUCAAAGCUGGUAUCACAAGACUUUCCAACACGACAAUUACUGCAGUCCUAUAACCCAACCGCAGCUCUGCACUUCUCAAAGCAAAGCACUCUAAGGCCCUCUGUCCCCAUUUCCCCAUCAGGAAGACUCCAGAAAUCCAUCUGUGUGCACAUUCUCUUCAGCUAAGCAGUAAUGCAUUCCCAAACCAUCCACAAACAGUCACUGUGCAGGAACAACGACACGAUAACUUCAUGCCUCUGAACUGAUAACACUGAUUUCUUGGAACCCUGAUGUUGAGAUCCAAUCCACUUUUUUAAUAGCAGCAGAACAUCACAUUGAAGCACGGCCUGCCCAUUAAUGACACUUAACUUUAAGUUAGCAGAUCAAUAUCACCUUAAAAAGUGAACCACGCAAAGACAAAAUUGCUCUUUCAGGAGAAAAACACAUUUCCUUUCAGCCUUCAGAACUGUAGCCACCAGUAGGUGGUGUUUCUGAAAUGUCAGAGCACUUCUUCUCCCUUACAGAUGAAAUGCAAAACUCCACCUGCACUACUGCUGCUUUUCAUGCAGGACUCCACGCUCACUGCUGCUCCACGUUCACUGCAAAGAAACCUAUUUCAUCUGAGGGCCUUUGAGCAGAACGAUUCUACCACGCGUCAAGAUGACAACACACACCUGAAAAUGUAAAUAUACAGACGACACAGGACUGACUCGCAGGUGACAUUCCCUGCAGCUCUGCACACCUAAAGGCAAGUUUAUCCUGGCACGGCAGUGGAAGCUGACACAUCCAUUAAGUGAGUACCUGAGCGAGAAGCAGCCUUCUGCUGUCUGCAGGAAAACCAGCUCUGGAAAAAUGGAAUUAAGGUCCAAGGAUGUGCAAUGAGUAUUAACGGAACACAAAUGGAGCUAGACUUCUGCCAUCUUCCGACCUGCACGGAGGAGAACUGCUGAUGAAAACCUUUCUUUGAAAUGAUCCAAGUACCAUUAUGGUAAAAAGAUCCCGACGUGAUCUUACAGCGUACAGGAACUGCAAGGGCUCUCAUCUGCAAUGCAUAUAGUGUCUUGUAAGAAAACAAGAAAGAAAGAAAUGUACUUCUUGUACUGUUGUAUUUCAGUCAAUUUCAAGUCUAAUUAAUUUGGCUUCUGAAGAAUUUGAAUUUCCUAUUUAUAAGUGCGGGCUUUCUUCCAUUCCAAACAAAAUGCUUCCGAUUCACUGCUUUGAAAACACCCCAAAUCCUCAUCCUUUUGGCAUUACUACCAAACUGUGAGUGCUGUUAUCUUUUGUGCAGGUAUUUUAACCAUGGAAACCUACUCUGCCUCAGUCCCACCUGUCAUAUGUAACAGCACAACUUUCAACCUCAACGGAUCGCAUCUGUGUAACGAGAGCCUGUCUUCUAGAUUAGCAGAUAAAUCAGAACACCAACAGUACAUUAUUGGGCUUUUCUUAUCGUGUCUUUACACAAUAUUCCUUUUUCCCAUCGGUUUUGUAGGAAACAUUCUGAUUCUGGUGGUGAACAUAAGCUUUCGUGAGAAGAUGACUAUCCCAGACCUUUACUUCAUCAACCUCGCGGUGGCCGACCUCAUUUUAGUUGCUGAUUCUCUCAUUGAGGUUUUUAAUCUUGACGAAAAGUAUUACGAUAUCACUAUCAUAUGCACCUUUAUGUCUCUGUUCCUUCAGAUCAACAUGUACAGCAGCAUUUUCUUUCUGACGUGGAUGAGUUUUGACAGAUACAUAGCACUGGCAAAAGUAAUGAGGUCCAACCUAUUUCGCACUAUGCAACACGCCAGGUUGAGCUGUGGUCUCAUAUGGAUGGCAUCCAUUUCUGCAGCACUGGUGCCAUUCACGGCUGUGCACUUACAACACACCGGAGAGGUCUACUUUUGUUUCGCAGACGUAAAAGAAAUCCAGUGGCUAGAAAUAACCCUGGGGUUUAUCAUCCCCUUUGUGAUCAUCGGCCUUUGUUACUCGUUAAUCGUUCGAGUCCUUAUAAAAGCACACAAGCACAGGAGCCUUCGCCUCCGCCGACAGAAGGCUCUUCGAAUGAUAUUCGUUGUGGUCCUGGUUUUCUUUAUCUGCUGGCUCCCUGAAAACGUCUUCAUUAGCGUCCAGCUCCUGCAAAAGAAAAGUGAGCCCGCCUCGUCCAGCAGCCCGUCCUUCAGACACGACUACCCUCUCACAGGACACAUUGUGAACCUGGCAGCUUUCUCCAACAGCUGUUUGAACCCUUUAAUUUACAGUUUCCUAGGGGAAACCUUCAGAGACAAACUGCGGCUGUACAUUGAGCAGAAAACCAAGAUGUCCACGUUACAUCGGUUCUGCCAGGCUGCCCUGACGUCUGUCAUCCCCGACAGUAAUGAGCAAUCCGAGGUCUGAUUUAGGGCUGUUGUGCAGAACGUCUGACUGUGAAGCUGUGCAAAUAGUGAACAAAAUGCUUACUACUAACAGCAAGAAGCGUGCCCGCCUGUGUAUAUAUUGCACUGCUCUACUGAGCGUGGAAGGUUUAUGUUCAGAAUGUUUUUAUGACAACUUUAACGUAGAGGAAUAUGCUAUAGUCAGAUUUAUAUUUAAUUAAGAGCAGGAUUAUUAAAAGCUGAGCACUGGAGGAGCUUUAUUUUAUAUAAUACAUGCAUGAAUGAUAAUAUAGAAGAAAAUUUUAUCAAGCUAGGAAGACUCCAGAUGUAACUUGAUUAUCAGAGAUGUUGUUUUGCUGGUGUAUAGAAGGCACUUCCACUUAAACAACCAAACUGCAGUAAGAGUGGGGAAAAAUCAUUACAACACAUUGAUGUGGAGAUGCAGAAAACAGUUUGAUCUUUACCCAAAUGUGUUAAGUUAAAUGGCUUUGCUUUUGAGAACUAUAUAGUAUUAUCAUCAUUGUAUUCCAGCAUGUCUUCCACAAUUAACUUUUUCUGAUCUUAAUACAAUCUAGAAUGGUGAUGAGCUUUCGUCUCAUAAAUCUGAUCUGCUGUUUACAUCAGCGCUUGAUCAAAGCUGUAAUCAUCUGUCACUGUAUGGUUCAUCUCAAAGAACUCAACUGCAGUGAAAUGUAAUGCUGUGCUCUUCUGAGGAUUCCCCAGGACAGCAUUUCUCAGGAUGGAUAUAAAUGGGCCUUUUGUCAAAAAAGCAAGCACAUAUAUGUGCAUCCAUAUCUCCCUUCAGACUCAAACAGAAGUCAUGUAAGAUCUGUCUCCACUUAGCAGACCCAUUCAGAUGGUAGAACAACAUCCUGUGGCUUUAAAGCAGUCACAUCCUGCAAAAGACUGCAAGAAUUGCUUACAAAAAUGAAAAAGCCUCUUUUUUUUUUUUCUCUCUUUUUUUUCUUUUUAAAGAAGAACUUCUGCAAAGGUGAACAUAUCAGAUCUGCACUUGGUGCCCUGCCCACCCCACCCCCAGAAAGCACAGGUCUUGGGAACCUUACAAUGCACGUUGGUUGUUCUGUUCAUUUGAAGACAAACGAUGCUAAGAAAACAAACGUCAGCUAGAAAACAACAGCUUCUAAUUUCUUUUAGAAAAUAACUGGCUUUUAAAUCUGGAUGACGCUUAGUGUAGGUUACUGCUGAACUUCCCCAGAGGAAGCCAUAAAGUUCCUAGAGAUUUGUGCACAAGGUCAUUAAACCGUCACACACUGCAGCUGUGAAAUACACAAACUAAUUCCACCUCUGUGCUCACCAAGUCGAGCACCAGAACUCCAGAGAAUGUGCCGAUCUGCCCCACUUUCAAACAUCACAAAUGAGCCAAUUAGCACAUUAAAGGAGUUUUAAAAAGCAGACACUUAAAACCAUGAGUAGAGUAUUAAGCAACAAAGGGAAUGGCGAUUGCACUCAUAUUUCUCACAAAAUAGUCAUUUUGAUAGUGAAGCUGCAGCCACAAAAGGUUUGACCUGUGAGCAGAGAGGCCCCAAGAUGAUGCUGCAUUGGAACUAGCUGGAUGUUCCUGAAACAGCGAAAUAGGAACAGCACAGAGGAGUUUGCCCAACAGCUGACCACUUCCAAGGGAAUGUUAAUCAUCAGCUAAGGAGAAAUUCCCAUUUACUCCCAUCUUUCUGGUAGAGCACUAAUUAUAUUUUCUCUUUGAAAGAUACAAGCACUGCCAUGCCUUCUCUGUACGGAAGCUUCUUGACAACACAGAGCAGCACAUCUCAUGCUGCUCCAAAUGAUACAUAUGUCCAUUUUCCCUCAUUAAUUUCACCUUUGGAAUUAGCAACAAUCAUCCCAGUCCCAGACAGACACCCCUGUGACAGACAGCUCUUUCAAACAGCACAAACAAAGGAACAGAUCACACUUCCAGCAAUGCAUUUCCAUCGAGCCCCAGCACAGCAUACCAGCUUUGGGUAAUCCCAGCACUUUCCACGAAUAAACCAACUUCUCUUAGGUUGCAGCAGCACAGUUUCCAGAACAGAAUUCCUCCAUCCAACAUCCCAUUAUAUGGCUAAAAGCACAUCGCACACCUGAGCUACCAGAGGAGCUUCCUGCUGCUGGUAUUUCGGUUCAGGUUUACGAGCGGUACCUGAAAUGACUAAAUUUAAACAUGCUAUUGUAAAUAAAUGACAAGUGUUGUCCCAGGUGAAAAAAUGACACCUCUUCACAGAAGCUCGUGGUGUUUUUUUCCUCUAAUGUGUAAUUCAAUCACACAAAGUUGCUUUCACUGCAUCCUUUCAGCAGUUUGACAUUUACUACACGGUGAUUGUGCAGGCAUGAAAAGCAGAGACGGUCAGUCUUGAGAUGAAGUCUGUUUAAUUUGUGAAAAGCAUUGAUGAUGUGAAUGUGGUGAGGAAUUUGAGUCAGUGGGUCAAACAACCCCAGAUCCUGCAUGGGACAGACGAGAUGCAGAGAAUAACAGCCCCUUCCUUUCCCCUUCUGGUCCACACAAAAACCAAAGGCUCGCAUCCAAAAACGCUUCACCCAUCCAUUCCAAAAGGGAACAGCUGCUACAGAACAAAUUGAGAAAGCAAAAAGCAGAAAUCUUGAAACACAAUUGUCUUCAAUAUUGCUUCUAUCAACUGGAAAAAAUACCACCUCUUCUGACAUUGCCCUAUUGCUGUAGUUCAUCAGCUGUUCAUUAAGACUGCAAAAGGGAGGAGGUUACCUGGAUAACUCUGAGCGGUUAGGACUGUUGCUUUCUGUGUCAAAAUGUGGUUUACAGGAGGUGAAAGUACACAGAAUUCAACCUUGAGCAUGAUUUAAUUCCAUCUGAACUUGUUUCUACACAAAAAGGAGAAACAGAUGCACACACAGAAGGCAGGUUUGAAUGUUAAUAGUUAUUCAUGAAAACAGAUCAAUGAAUUUAUUUCAUUUUGCUUGAAAACAGGGGUGUGAUUUGAAUUGAGGGGACUCUGCCCUUCCCUUCCGAUUCAAAAGCCUCUCCCCGCUCAUUCAGAACACUGCACAGAUGUCUGGGACUUCCAACACAGAAGAGCACAGAGCUAAAUUCAUGGCUGAAUUCAAUCAAUCAAAUUAUCUCUUUGCAACAAGUUUACUCUCAUGUUACCAAUUACUCUUACAGCAGCCCGUCACUACACAGCCAGACACAGACAUUUCUCGUUCAGACUGUUUAGAUUAAGCUAUUAUUAUUAUUAUUACAUUCUGUUUAUUAAGCAUGUCU